CCCCCCCCCCCCCGCCGCGGGCCACGACAUGGUAUCGUCCAAAGAUGGCAGCCUCCGUGAUGAAGCGAUGUUUGACUGCGGCUGUCAAAGUUAAACGUUUCUCUCCGUCUCUCUCGGCUAGGAGAUGGUUGCUCUCGGCCGCUUACGCCGACACCAAAGUGUGGGAGGCGAGACAAAGGGAUCCUCAGAACCUGGCUGAACUGGCUGCCACGAUGGACAGGACGUACAACAAGAAACUCCCAGUCAGCUCUUUGACUGUGUCGCGGUUUGUUGACAACAUAUCAUCUCGGGAGGAAAUAGAUCAAGCGGAGUACUACCUCUACAAGUUUCGUCACAGUCCAAACUGUUGGUACCUGCGAGACUGGAGUGUUCACAGCUGGAUCAGACAGUGUCUAAAGUACGGGGCCAGCGAAAAGGCCCUGUACACGCUCAAAAACAAGGUCCAGUAUGGAAUAUUCCCAGACGACUUCACCUUCAACCUGCUCAUAGAUACUUUCAUUAAGGAUGGAGACUUUAAAAGUGCGUGCUCUGUGGUCGAGGAGGUGAUGCUCCAGGAGGCCUUCAACCUUCCCUCCACACAGAUUCUGUCUCUGUACUCGCUGGGCACUUACCUAGCAACCAGGCCACAGCUGACGGUGUCAGAGGAGCGAGCUUUGGGGGCGUCGCUGCUCAUCUGUGGACUGAAGCACGACAGCACCGUUGGCCUCAGCGCUCAGCUACUUGGCAAAGCCCUCUUAGGCAAAGUGGAGUUUCUAAAGGGCAUACACGCCGUGUUCAGGGGCAUGCCCCUCUUCUGGGGCCGUGGAUAUCUGGGCCAGGUGCUGGCCGUCAUGGAGAGCGUAGCCGCUGCUUCUGAUGACAUCAAGCUGUCCAAAGACACGCUGGACUACGUGAAUGACUUGCUGCAGGAACUGUCUUCCACCUCAGACUCUGAGUCUUCUGGAGAGGAGUCGGGAGGUGAGGAGGAGAAGAAGGAAGACGCUGUAGAUGAAGAUGAUCAGGCCGAGCAGGCUAUGCUACCUAAGUAUGUUAGCAGAUUCAAGGAACUGAGUAGCCAGCUGGAGUCUCAGGGUAAACUGGACCCUGCGUCCUUCCAGGAUUUAGUGACCGCUCUGGCCGGGCAGAACCUGGCCACUGCGGAGCAACAGGACCUGGAGCAGUACGAGCGCAGCAUGCAAGCCUGGGAGGCUGAGACGAGGCAGCUGAUCCAGAGAGAGAAGGAGAUGAGGGAGAAGGCCCACGAGGAGAAACAGGAGAGGUUAGCUGCCAUGGCCGCUGCUCAGCAGGAAUAAAGACAGUGAGGCAGGAGCUGAACCAACAUCACUGAGCUGUCCUUUGAAGUAUGUACAUUUAUGAUUGUGUAUACUGUACUUAGGAGAUAAGAGUUGUGUGUGAAAUUAAAUUGUGAAAUAUCAACAUUGUCAACAUUAGAUCUGAUUGUGUCACUGAUUGUGUUAUCAAUUAUUUUGUUUUCUUAAGAGCAGUCACUGUAUGUGUCCAAAACAAAUUUCCCUAUGGGACAAUAAAGUAUAUCUAAUCUAAUCUAA